UGGUCCACAACCACGAACAAUCAAACUGUUACGAUUCUUCGGCACUCAAUUAUCUUUUCGCAAAAAUGGACCAGAACUACUUGUCAUUUCUUUGUCAACAAUGUCGGAAAACAUUCUAUACACGUACAGACUACAAGUACAGUCCUUGCGCUUUGUCACACGCUUACCGACUGAUCUAUGAGUAGUCGGCAUACAAAAAAGCACGAAAAACUCUUUUCAUGCCUCCUCUGUCCAUCUAAAUUCGGCCUCAAGAGUGAUCUGGAUCGACACAGGCCUACCCAUCAACAAGUUCAAAUCAAGUACAAAUGCCCGUUCCCAGGAUGCAAUUCCAGAGGAAUGGCUCGAAAAGACAAUCUGAAGCAGCAUAUCAAGAAGAAACAUAACUCAGCAGCCCGACAAACCGCCGAAAUAAAAGAUCCAAAUGAAGCUCAAGAUACAACCCAAUUCUUGGAGGCCAAUGCACAUGCACGAAAUCUAGAGCUAUUGGAAGCUGUAUCGGUGGGAGAGGAAGAGAGAGUCAGAGAGCUGAUUUUGGAAGGGAAAAGUCUUGCUCUCAAGAGUAGGGAAGCGCUAUCCGCCAUUUCGAUUGCCGUCGACAAAGGCCAGACAAGAAUCUUAGAGAUACUCAUGGAAGAGGAAGAUUACUGGUACUACCGCCGCUCAUUUCUAUCCGAAGCCAUCGGAAAACACAGUGUUAAGAUGGUCAAAGCGAUACUCGAUGGUGAAAUUCGAGCCAAGGAGCCACUAGACCUUGAACAGCCUUUGGAUCAAGCCAUCCUGCGUGGUAGUGCAGAAAUCGUGCGAAUGAUACUUGAUGCAACUAAGGAGCCACCAAAUUAUUUAGGUUCGGUUGAAGCAGCCAUCCGAAGUGGCAGUGUCGAGAUCGUGCGAAUGAUACUUGAUGCGAUCAAGGAGCCACUAAUCCUUCAACGAUCCUUGGCUGAAGCCAUUCGAUGCGGUAAUGCUGAAAUCUUGCAGUUAAUGCUUGACACUCUUGAAAGGCAUGGCACCUUGGACUUAAUCGGUAUUGAAUCGUGUAUAGUCCGCGCCGCUUUGAGUGGAAGAGUAUUUGUUAUGCGUAUGCUUAUCCAAUACUGCACAAAGAUGCACCAGGAGAACCCUUUGGCUCUGCUCAUAACCGAGGAUGUCGACGCGGUCCUACCUGUUGUAUUUCGUCCAGACAACAUCAACCGCCGCUUUGGGGAUCCCGGGGUUACACUGUUGCAUUUAGUGGUACUCAGGCGCCCGCAAUUGAUCAACUUACUUCUUGAAGGCGGUUUCGAUAUCAACGCUAAAGCCAGAUUCCGUAGUACACCCUUAUCCUAUACUCUCCGUCGAUUUUACUACAUCUCGGUUCCCAACCACGACCUUGUCAAUAACGAAGUUGUCAAAUCUCUCCUCGAUGCAGGAGCUAAGAUAUCCCCCGGCGACUUGGCUUCCAUGCCCCUGGAUCUUCGAGCAAAUUAUUGCAAGCCAUCUUAUUGAGCAUACUGUACAGGGAAUCAAAUGUUAGAUAGGGUCUUAGAUGAAUCUAGCAGUAUGUAUGUGGAAGAGUUAUGAAGUGGUCUUAGCGGAGUUUCGGAGGAUCAAAAUCUAUGUUCAACGCUAUAUGAGACAACUCAUCAGAAAGAAGCUGGAAAGAAUGUCAUGAAGACCUUUGCUCUAUGAAUUACAGUGGCAUCAGCC